UCAAAACAACCUUUUACUAGGCAGUGCCUAAUCAUUCAUUUACUUUGUGUGUGUUUUUUGGGUUUUCCACACUUGCGCCCCCAACCCCUAUUUUUGCAGGGUUCAGCGGUCGCAUCAACUGGGUUGCAUCUCCGACCGACAUCAACGCCGUCUUUGGCCCGACAUCUCGCCCAUCCGGCCUACCUGCAGUAGUCGGUGGUGGCCGCCGUUUCUGUCUGGGCUCGACAGAGGGCCUUGACCGCCAGCUGCGGCUUCACACACAUUAUGUACUCGCAAAGUGCAUCAAUGGCGUCACAACAGAAACCCGAGACCUUCAUGCUGAGCACUGAGGCUCAGCGAGCUCUCCCGCAUGAUGCUCAGGUAGCUCUGCAGCAAGUUGACAAUCUCAAGUACUUCCUUAUCUCAGCGCCAGUUGACUGGCAACCGGAUCAGUAUAUUCGACGGUUCCUCCUUCCGACCGGCGAGUAUGUUUCCUGCGUACUAUGGAACAAUCUCUUUCACAUCUCUGGCACCGACAUUGUACGAUGUCUCUCUUUUCGCUUCCAGGCCUUUGGGCGCCCCGUGAAGAACUCGAAAAAGUUUGAGGAAGGCAUCUUCUCGGAUCUUCGAAAUCUGAAAUCCGGUACAGACGCGUCGCUCGAGGAGCCGAAGAGCCCGUUCCUGGACUUCCUCUACAAGAACAACUGCAUUCGGACUCAAAAGAAGCAAAAGGUUUUCUACUGGUACAGCGUACCCCACGACAGGCUCUUCCUGGACGCUCUUGAGAGGGACUUGAAGCGCGAGAAGAUGGGCCAAGAGGCGACCACAGUGGCUGUCAGCGAGCCAGCGCUCUCGUUCCAAUACGACUCAUCACAGUCACUUUUCGAGCAGCUUACAAAGGCCCAGCAGACGAACUCUUCGUCGUUCAACGCGCAACAAGUUUCUUUCACUCAGCCCCAGUCUAAUUCCCCGGUUUUGAGGGCAAUGGAUUCGAUGCCUCCUCCGCAGAUGAUUCCCCAGUCAAUGGCCCCUUUAGCGGAUGGGAUGGACGCCAUGAUGCCUUACGGAACCAUGGGGAUGGCCCCGGCGAUGCCACCCGCCAUGGCGCCGACGAUGCAGGCGAUGCAGCAGCCAGUAAUCAAACGGGAACAUGAUUACCCCAGGGUUCAGUACAACCAGAAUGGCGUCCCAAUUGCUCAGGGCCACCAGCGCCACGCGUCAAUGCCCGCAUUCGGCCUCGAAUAUUCACCCGCGCCCUCUUUUGGCUCCUCUCAUUACGAUGACUACAGCCAAAGGGGCAUUUCAUUCGAGCCGCUAACGCCUCCCCAGCAAGCGUUGGGCAUACCGGGGGAACCCGCUUACAUUGCUAAUGAGGAGACCGGCCUAUAUAGCGCUAUUCCCGACCAUCUCAAUCCAGCUGGCGCUCUCAACGGCAUGAUGCAUCUCCCGCCGUCAAAUCUGGCUGGUCCGUCCUAUACUCGUCCUUAUGCGUCGAACGGUGUUUACUCGGUAAUCGAAGGAUCGCCGACAUACAAGCAAAGAAGACGACGUUCAUCCAUCACCCCCUCCAUGCCGACGGUUACAAUUCCGAAUGGCGCAACGGCUCACCGGCACUCGGAUCUUCGAAGGUCGGUGUCCGCGUCCGUGGGCCCAGUCACUGAAGGCGAAGAAUCCGGUGACAACUCGCCACCAGGGUUGACGUAUGGCAACGCUGGUAUGCAGCUCAACGGCCAGCAGCACAAGGAGAUUCUGGAGCUCUCCCGGCACGGCACUCCGCUCUCCACAGUCGAAGGCAGCCCUGCGCUCAAUCCCAUGGCUCUCCAGCAACACGACUUUUCCCCGGUCACCGGCGACGAGCUAGGACCCCUGAGCGACCAACGGCCGAUGAUGCAAAAUGGUGGUCCCCAUGUGGUACGCAGAGCUCGCUCUGCGACGGUCAUGGAACUCGGGCCUUAUCCCCAAAAAUCUCACUCGUGCCCCAUCCCGACUUGUGGCCGCCUCUUCAAGAGGCUCGAGCACCUGAAGCGGUAAGGCUGGUGAUCAGUUCGUUUGUCAACGUGGUAUACUAUUCUCCUGCCGGUGAUCUAACCUCGAAUUCCAGACACGUGAGAACACAUACACAGGAGAGACCCUAUCAUUGCCCUUAUUGUAGCAAGGCGUUUUCAAGAUCAGACAACCUAGCACAGUAUGCCCCCAAUUUUCCUUGCUAUA